AGCCUUUUACCAACAAAAACAAACAAGUAAUUAUACUGAGGAAGAACUUCAAGAAACUUAUGGGUUUUUCCUGCUUGAAACUGAAAAUCAGGCAAAAUUGAUAUGUCAGCGUGGACUCUGUGUUGGUAGCAGUGCUGUUACUACUCUUGGUGAUCCAGCCAAAGGUGUAUACAUUUCCAAAUAUUCAGACUAUCUUCAUCCAAGACCAUGGUGCCAUGGGAAAUCUGGUUAUAUUGUCAUUUUUAAUAUAAUUAAGGGAAAAGUCAAGUUUGUGUCUGAGAAUUACACAACUAACUACACCAGGCCAUCUUCGGGCUAUGACUGCCAUGUGGCUAAACAUGCUCACAAAGUUUCUGACAAGACAAGCCAUUUUCGUGCCUUUGAACUGAGUCAGUGUUACCUCUAUGAACUUUCAGGCAACACUAUUAUUAAUCGACCCAGACAAGUUUGUCCUUUUUUAAUUGUAGCUUUUCAAUACAGGGAACCUAAAACCAUGGCAGCACCAGCUUAUGAAAGCAUGUUUGAACUCAGUGUAGAUGCUCCCAUCCCUCCAUGGAAAGGAAAAUUAAUUGUUCAAGGUUGUGUGCUAUGUGAUAUAACUCUUCAGUCCACUUAUAGCACAGUUCCAGCACAGCUACCACGGGAACUACAUUUUAAAUAUAUAAUGAAAGUGUCUUCUUUGAAAGAAAAACUACCAGAAGCUGCCUUUAGAAAACAGAAUUACUUGGAACAGAAAGUUUGUUGCCAAGAUUUGUGCUUUGAUUUGUAUGAGGUGGAACUUUCAAACAAACAAGGAGAAAACUUAGAUAAGCUAACAGAAUAUAUUAAAAAUAAGCAAUUGGCAAUUGUCAAGUGCUUAGAAGAUAGAGGAGUUUUCAUUUUACUUACAUCAUCAGCCUUAAUACCAGCACCAGAUUUUGAAGAGCAACAGAUGGGUCUAUACGGGUUACAUUUAUUCCAUUCACCUCUGUCAACAGGGGUGAAGGAUUGGAAUGUCGAAGAUGACAUGUCUUUGAAAGUGGUACCUAUAAUACCUGCCCUUAAUUGUGCCCUACUAGAAGCAAAGAAAUCACUUCCUGAAGAAAGAACCCAUCCAAAAACAUUGGUACAGAGCAAUUUGCAAGCACUUUCCAGAGCAGACAAUAGCCUUUCAUUGACUGCUGUGCCUCAUGAUGGCGUGAAGGAGACUGUAUCAGUUGGAAAACUGCCCGUGGAUUUUGACUUGAUCCCCCCUCCUGAAAAGUGCUCUGUAGAGUCUUUCAUUCAGUUGAAGUCUUAUAUUUCAGAUCCCAGUGGCUAUUCUUUUGAUGUGUCUACUGCUCAGGAUUUGUUAGUAGAGCAACAACAGCCUCCUUGUAUUUCAGAUGGAAUUUGCGAUGCUGGAUUUUCUUUAGUUAUGACUCCAGAUCCUGAAUUUCUGGACCUAGAAGAAGAAGUACAAAAAGAAACUGAAACAGAAAAUUCUGAAAAUAUAUUGAACACAAAGAACAAUGGAGUUAUGGUUUCAGUGAAUCCACUAGCAUCAAAUCUGAGAGUACAACCCAAGAGAAAGGCCAGCGUACCACUCGGGGUGCACAAUAAAAGGAUGAACUUAUGCUACCCCUUUCCCAAAAGAGCUACAUCUGAAACAGAUCAUGGUUCCCAUUCUCCGACAACUCUUAAGUUAGUUAAAGGACAGUUUCCUCAGAAAAGAAAAAGAGGUGCGGAAGUGCUGACUGCACAGUUUGUACAGAAAACCAAAUUGGAUGAGAAAACCCAAGAAGGUUCUAUUAUUUGUAAAGAUAUCCCGGUGGCAACAAAAGUUAAAAGGGCAAAGAAGCAAGAGAAAUCUCCAGUCAAAACUAAGCCACAUGUGAAGAAAUCUCCACAGAAACAGAGGGUAAAUAUAGUAAAAGGCAAAAGGAAUUCCACAAUCAGAAAGCAGCCACAACCUGCCAAAAGAGAAACCACUUUACAGCUUCAAUCAGAAAUUUCAUCAGAUGGUCAAAAAGAUGGAAUUAGCAUAAAUACAGCGCAACCAGAAUGUACUUCCAAUGCUCCAAAAGAUCUUCCUCAAAACUCCUCUAUCAUCUGUGACUCCCAGGCCCUAAAUAUGUUAGCUGACCUAGCUUUAAGCUCUGCUGCCUCUUCUGUACCAUUAUGUGAUCCUAGAAACCUCUCCUCCACUGAAUUGCUACAAAAUGAUGUUUUACUCUCUAAAGAAAAUUUAUUAUGUUGUACUUCUGACCAUGAAUAUCAUAGGGGAGUUAAAAGUCAAAAAGGUGUACUACUACCUAAACCAUCCUCAGAUAGAAAGGACAAUUCUGAGUCAGACAUAACUGUUAACCAAGAAGAGAACUUGGUUGCUGGUAGUCAGGCCCCUGCCAAAGCCCAGUCAGCACUCCCUGAAGAAGCUCUACCAUCUUCAGCUACAAGUCAAAACCUAAAUGCUUUUGUUGCUGUGGAACAUUCAUAUGCCCUGCUCCUUCCAGAACAUUCAAAGAAACAUUUAUACCAGAGAGGUUUACCAGGCCCUACUUUUACCAAGAAUGGGACAAAAGGCCCUGAGACUGGAACUCCAGUAGGAAAAGUCAUACCAUUUCGGCAUCUACAGAACACUUCCCCUCUACAGAAGUUUUCUGAGGACUCAUUGAUUAAGCGCAAAAGUCGAUUUGUAACUUCUAACCUGAAAGAGUUCUGUUCUCAUACUGUGCUUAACUGUGAUGGCUCCUUGAAGAUCACUUUCAUAUGUGAAACAGAAUACAAAUUUAGUUUAGAUAGUAAAUAUACCAACAACCCAAUGGAAAAAACUAUUUUAAGAGCAUUACAUGGACCCUGGAACUCUAAUGUACCCGAAAAUGUGGAAGACGUGAAGCUUUUACUUCACAUGUGGGUCGCUCUGUUUUACAGCAGUCAAAACAAAAUCAUACCAUCCUCCCGAAAAGUUGUGGAACACAGUAAUCCAGCAAAAUAUGUGUCUAUAAAUAGCACUUUAGAAUCUUUUGAACUCAGUGAAAUGGAGGAGACCUCCAAUGUAGAAAAAUACUCUCUCGACCCUCUGUUGGAGAAUAAAGAAACACCUAGAAGUCAUGCUAAAGUAUCCUUCCCUACCUCUAACAACGUGCUUCCAUUCAUUAAAUCACCACCUAUGAGACAUUUGGGAUUCUGUGUACAGAAUGAAGAGAAAGAAGCAUUUGCAAGAGAGCCUCAUUUGGGUACCUCUGUGAGCCACAAUUCUGUCUGUUCUUGUAAUAAUGAGCUAACUGGAGAAAAAGCCGAAGAAUUAUCAGAUAAACUAGAGACUUCUAAUCUUGUGCUUUCUGGUACUAUAAGUAAACAAACUAAUGGACCUUCUAUUUCUGGUGAAGAUAAAACCUUUCAGUCACUUGAGAACACAGGAUUGGCUUCUUAUAAUGACACUAUCAUACAAGCCACAUUGACCACGACUAGUGAUGGGUCCAGCAGUCAGGCAGUGACGUGUCAGAAGUCUUUGUACAGCAUCCUGAAAAGCAAAGGUGAUCCUUUUCCUACAACAGUGCAGACGGACACAUGUGCUAUACCUGACCUUACCCAGCAUAGCAACCUCAUAAGCAGUGAAUGUCAGCCCUCUCUGCAAAAGGUAAAUGAUAAGAAUAUGGAGUGUGUGAUGAUUAAUGUGGAACCACUUACUCUCACUUUUGAAAAAAAUACCUAUGAGCAAAUACAUACAGAUGUAAAUAUAACCAACAAAUCUCCAACCUUUAAUACUGAGUUGAUUAAGCAAAUAUCACCUACUGUGAGUGUUAAGCAUCCUAUAAUUUCAUUGGAAAAGGCACAAACACAAGGUCUCCAGGAGAUUCCAUCUCUAGCACCAACUAGACAGGAAGACACUAAGUACCACUCUGUCUCCUCAGUAAGUGAAGAGAUGAUUGCUGAAGAACUGUCUUUCAUUCAGAAAGAGAUUGCUCCUCCAAUAUCAUCACCACCUACUGAGAAACCGAUGCUAUCAUUAGUUGAAAGUUCAGGUUAUCCAGUUGCCAAUGAAGACAUUAAUCACUCUGAAGAUGUCUUUGUGAAGACGCCAAGUCUCUUUAGCAUAUCUUCAGAAGAGAUUAUAGAGCCAUCACAAGUUGAAGUAGCCUCACCAUCUGCUUCAGCUGCCCUAGGAAAUGAUUCCCUUAACUGUAUCCCACCAAAAAGUACUAUGUUAGAUGGGUCUUUAGAACUGAGGAAUGAUGACAAAGGCAGCCUCAACCAUGAAAAUAUGAAUUUGGAAUCAUUAAAUUCAGUGUAUGACCAGCAAAGUAGUGUAUUUAUGAAUAAGGAGGAGGUUAGCGCAGAAUUGUCAGAGGAGGAAUCUGAUAUUGACCUGACUCUAACAAUAUCACCACCUACAAGUCCCAGAGAAGAAAUCCCAGCUGGCAGAGUAGAAGAACUACAGGAGUUACAACUUGAGGGUAGAGCUAAACAAAUAGUUAGAUCAAACAAGGAGGCAACCCUCCUAGAAAACAGAGAAGUGAAUUCAGCCAGGGAUAUAUCAGUGCAUCCUGCUAUGUCAGAAGAACCAUUACGUAAUGAGAAAAGAGAUAAUUCACAACCAGUUACUUUAGUACUUUCCAAAGAAAAUUGUGCCCUUGAGAUUGUAGAGGAAAUUAAUGUUAACUCUAACAAUCCAUUUGAUUCUCUAAUUGAAGAAGUGUCACCAGCUUCCAGUCCUGGCUUCCCAGUAUCAUCUGAAGAAAUACGACCAUCUCAGACUGUAUCUCCCUGUAGUGUAAAAGUUUGUGGUACACAGUAUGAGAAAAGUAAAAAAUGCUCUCAGAUUGAGGUGGAAGAUUUGCCCAUAACAGAAAAAGAAAAUUGUUCUGUUUAUUCCACUUACCCAGUGGGAAAAGGCGACUUAACUCAAGUACAACAAAUUCAGCUUUCAGCUGAAGUGCCUCUGAAGUUAACUGAUCAUCCAGGUACCAAAGGUAGAGUAAUCCUUCCUGGUAAAGCAAGUGAAGGUAUUGUCAUAAGUGACCAUGAUGAGGUUUUAGCUUUCUCAGAAAAGGUACAGUGCUGUGAUGCAGAGUUAAAUAAGCCUGCCUCUGUUGCCAAGUAUGAAGGUGAUUUUAAACCUUAUCUUGAAAAACUGGCAAAAUCAGGAAAUCCUUUGCAGCCAAUUAGUUUAGAGAACAGAAAUUUAGACUUUAAACACCUUUACUUAGAGUCCAGUAAGCCUCUACUUAGUCCUAGGAAGAUUACUGAAAGUAAGUCUUUGGCAGACACGUUGGUUUCUACAACUCACUUAAGUGGAAUAAUGAAUACACCAUUCAAACAGACUAGCCCUAAAAGCAUAAAAAAUACCCGAGACUGUGACUUGAAAAUAGAUGCCACUGAUGGAGCUGAUGUUACACAGGCAUAUAUGCACCCAGAGUUUCUAAAUCUUAAUUUUUCCUCAGUUGGAACUACAAGACUACCAAGUGUAAACUCAGGCUAUCCAACACAGGAAAUAUCUGUAGUCAGAAUGGCCCAUUUACUUAACACUGAAACAGAAGCUGAUUUAUAUGACAAAAACACAGAUCUCAGCACUACGGGACCUCAUUCUCACCCUUAUACAAAAGAUGAACAGAAAACCCAGGUGCUGCAGAGUGCAUCAACAUGUGAAGUAAAGGAGCUGUGGAAUGGUGAGGGUUUCCCUGUGUGUGCUGCUUCUGACCAAGACACAGCAAACACCAGUGAAAGUAUUGAUAAGGAUUCUUCAGAUUCCUUGGUUUCAGAAUCCUUUGACCCUCUUGUCUGUCGAGUUUCUGAAGAGCAGAUUGUCAGUAAGAGCACUAAUGAGAGGCACAGAGUCUACACAGAAUCUAAAACCCUUGUCAGAGACACAGAGAUGAACAUGGACAUUAAUAUGUGCUAUGAGCCACUUUCUGGAGACUUUGAUGAAGACACUCUUAAUUUUAGAAAUCCCAAAUUAAGUUUGGAGAAUUCAUGUACUUUGAAAGGUAGUCAUGACAGCAAAAAAGAAGAUGCUGCAAAAAGUAGUUAUGACUCUUGCAUGAACUUAAACAAUAGAGAUAAUGAAGCUUGGGGCUACUCUAAUAACAAGAAGGUUCCAAAGCUGGAGAUAAACAUUCCUCCCAAAAACUGGGCCAUGGGCCUAAAGAAGGAUAAGUACAUGCCAGCUUAUGUCCAAAUCCCUGACUUCCAAGGUAUCCUCAGGACUUACACAAAUUUCACUGUCACAAGAGAGGUCAAAGAUGAAAGGAAAACUAAUCUGAAGAGCCAUCCAGGUUCUACUACAAAUACAAAUGUCAACCUGCUCAGCUCCUGGACUUGGCAGGUGGCAGAGGACCUCACACAGAAUACUUUAGACAUGGAAUACCUACGUUUUGCACAUGAGGUAAAGAAAGUAGCAAAGAAUAGUUACCCUCAGCAAUCUGCCUUAGAACCUAACAGUAUCUUUUGGAAAGAAUUAUCUGCCCAAGUUGGAGCUUUCCCUUCAACAAAAGUAUCUGAGGCCUCAAUUUUAUACCCGGAGUCCAAAAGCCCUAUUCUGGUAACAAUUGUACACUCCAGCAGCAGCAGACAGCAGACUCCACAGAGAAGAAACUGCUCACCUAGCAAUCUGCACAAUUCUUCCUUUUGGAAAGAGAAAUGUCACAGUGGAAGUCUUAUAACUUCUCAAAGAAAUCAGACUGUUCCUUUCCAUCUCAAUAAACUAAGAUAUAGAAGUACUUUGAAAGACUCUCGCAAUGAUAUUUCUCUUAUCCUAAAUGAAUAUGCUGAAUUUGACAAAGUGAUGAUGCAUAGCAACCAAGUUGUUUUCCAAGAUGGAGAUUUCAAUGUGACCUCUGGAGAAGCCACAUCCCAGCAGCUGUAUCCUUCUUUCCCAAGACUGUCAGUCUCCUACAAAAAUAUGAUUACAGACUUCUGUGACAAUUUGCAUGUCAAACUAAAGAGUGUUAUGCAAGAGGCUUCUGAGGGUCCCUUCCAGUUUUACCUUGUUGAAACGGAAGAUAAAUCAUUCUUCUUACGAACAAAGAACUUUCUGAGGAAAGGAGGCCAUAUGGAAAUUGAACCUCAGCAUUUCUGCAAAGUUUUUGGCAGAGAGAAUGAUAUGCUAAUAGUUAUCAUCAGAAAUGAAGAUAUAGCAUCACAUUUGCAUCAAAUUCCUUCUUUGCUGAAGAUGAAACAUUUCCCCAGCAUUAUGUUUGCUGGAAUAGACAGCCCUGAAGAUGUUCUUAAUGACAGUUACCAAGAACUGUUUGGCACUGGAGGCUUUGUGGUAUCAGAUGACAAAAUAUUAGAAGCUUUAACGUUAGCUCAGCUGAAGGAAAUGAUCAAAAUCCUACAAACACUAAAUGGGAAUGGAAAUGGAAGAUGGAAAUGGUUGCUUCACUACAGAGAAAAUAAAAAGCUAAAGGAAAGUGCAAGAGUGGAUCCAAUUGCAUAUAGAAAAAACUUAAUUCUGAAAUCAUAUCAAAGUGCCAAUAUCAUUGAAUUGCUUCACUAUCACCAGUGUGACUCUCAGUCAUCAACAGAGGCCGAAAGUUUGAAAUGUUUGAUAAACCUGCAAAUUCAGCAUAUUAAUGCCAGGUUUGCUGUCUUCCUAAUAGAUAAGCCUACUUUUACUGCCUCCACCGAAAUCUUUGAAAAUAGUGGAAUCCUUGUUACAGAUAUAAAUCAUUUCAUUGAAAAUAUAAAAGACGUAGCAGCUCCAUUUAGGAGUAGCUAUUGGUGAUUCAACUAAGCUUACCUACACAUGGAGGACAUCAGCAAAUGAAGAUUCCUCACACUUGAAAUAAUGUUCUACAACUUUCUAAGUUUCCUCUUUUUUUACUUUUCUUGAACUUCUGACUUCACAGUGGUAUAGUAGUUGUCAUUAACUUUGAGUGGUAGUUUAAAGUACUAUUUUAAGUUAUUUUUAAGAUGCCUUCAAAACUUAAUUGAGCCUAUUAAAGACAAGAACUUCAUGUUUACAUAGACAAAAUCAACUUUAACAAAGCUUUGUUUUUCUAACAUGGUAUUUUAGACGUUUUGACACAUUUGUAAAAAAUGUACUUAUUAAAUGUUUUCUUUGUUGUAUAUAAAGCAACACUACAGAAAGGUAAAACACUUUUAUAAACGGUACAAAUUUAUAAACUUCCAUUUUCUCAGUUUUUGUAAAUACUGCACUACAAAAACUCACCCUGAAGAAAAAGCAAUCACUUAUUUAUGAUAUUAGAAAUCAUUUCUAUAGUAAUCUUUAAGACACAAAACCCAGCAAAAAACAUUUGUAAGAUACUAUUUGGAGCAGAUUUUUAUAACUAGUUUGUUUCUUUUUUAAAUAAAGUAAUGUAAAAAUCACCUGUUUCUGCAAUGAAUUUUAGAGCAAAAUUUAAUUAAAAUGUAUGAAAUAUCUUAACACUUUUUAUGCCAAUCAUUGGAGUAACUAACUAGCUUCCAGAAGAAUCCUUUCCAAAGCGCCUUUUCAUUUGGCCAAGGUAAAACCCUUCUCAUCCUUCAAAGAUAUUGAGCAGCAAGCUGCAGAAAGGCCAAGCAGGCUGUCCAAUUGCUUUACAUCAUUCCUACUUACCUAAGGUGCCAUUGAUACUGUUGUUUUUCUCAUGAGGACUAUUAAUGCAACUUUCCACUAACUGAGAUUUUCCUAUUAACACUUGCAGGGACCUAGGUAACUACCCUUGGUACACUUCACGUUACUGAGGAAAAGUACAUAUAGCCCUACCUGACAUUCUCUCUCCUUGCUGAAAGGCCAUCCAGUAUCACAAGGCUCCCUUCCUCAUCCUGCCUUUACUGUUUCACUGCACCACACCAUAUGAAAGCAUGCUACCUCUGUGCCAGCCCACCAGAAAAUGUGUUGAUGUUUUUGCUCCAGUGGCAUGGUUCGUGAAUUAUACAAUUUUGAGUGAAGGCUAUGAAAACGUUCUUUUCACUCAGUGGGAACAUGUCACAAUCUGAUUAAUCCCUUUCCCCAUUCCAUAACAGUGAGAGUUGAUUUUCAUCAUUGGGAAACUGCAGCAUUGGCAGCCGUCACUGAAGAAAAGGCAGUACCUGUUAACUGCUGCUGAAAGCAAAACUCACAUUCUGUCAACUAAGAAAGCCACAGGACAGGCAGGGCCUGAUCUGACAUCGAGAUGAGGUGCUGUGUGUUAGCGCCUGUGAAAAAACGGAUGACUCUCCUGCCUGGUGUUGACCUGGGUCAACACCUACUAAAGGCAAUGUGUGUAACAGCUGUGCUGUGGCAUUCACAAUCAGGACACAAACAGACCAAUGUAUGAGUGCGGUGGUUUCCAGAGUUUCGCUUUAUUUUGCAGUACAGAAAUCAUUUGGAGCCAUUUUGAGACAGACAUCAAUGAAGUAGAGGCUCUGUCAAAUCAAUACUGCAUUGCAGCUUGGUCCACUGAAGAAGCCAUACCUGGGAAACAAGAUGCUUCUACAUUUUACCUGCUUUGAGAUGUGUUCCUCUCCCCUUCUCUCAUCAAUUUUACUAGGUUAAAACACCACAUACUGGCUUCCUCCUAACGACUCCUUAAGCCUGGAGUUUGGUUAGAAACUUAUGCCCAUAAACCAAACUUGUGGCAAUCCUAUUUGGGCCCUGCCAUAAUACUUGACAUAACACAAAAUGUAAUAAUGCACAA